AUGACUUCCUCAAGCUACCUCAUCAAAGGUGGCCACGUCUUGAUCUGGGAUAAUCAGAAAAAAUCGUCUUUCCCCCAGCUCGACAUCCUUGUUGAAAACGAAAACAUCACCAAGAUUGGACCGAACCUUGGUGUCGAAAACGACAAGUCAAUCGAGGUCAUAGAUGCCACUUCCCAUAUCGUCAUGCCGGGCUUCAUCGACGGUCACCGUCAUGCCUUUCAAUCUCAACUUCGCUCGACCGUCAGCAACCACACCCUUCUCGAAUACUGUGCGCACCUCUUACAAGGACGUAUGGCCUUCCUCGACGCGGACGACAUGUACCUCUCCCAAUUGUCCGGGUGCAUAGAGGCGGUCAACUCGGGCGUGACGACCAUCAUGGACCAUUCUCAUGCCGUGACAACUCCGGAGAGAGCACAGAAAUGCAUCAAAGCGACUCUCGAGUCUGGAAUCCGGAGCAUUUACUGCGCCGCACCAUUCGCCAUACCCAUCUCGCUCAAUCCGAUGACUCUGCCGGACAUGACGGUGCAGCACGCCGCACAGAUCGACAUGAUCAAACAAUUGGCGACAGAGCGACCACUCGGUGGACCACUGAACGAUGGCCGUGUCACUCUCGGUCUGGGCUUCGACACCAUGUUCCAUAUUCCGGCGGAAAUCAGUCGCGACAUCCUCACGUUCGCAAAGGAAAACAACCUCCCGACUACCAUGCACGAUGUGCCGCGCUACAACUUGCCAGCACUGACCUACUUGCGUGACAACAACAUGCCACUCCCCCAAGUCACGCUGUCACACACGUGUGAUCCAGAUGCCGGUACUAUCAAAUGGGUAAAGGAGAACAACAUCGGAGUCGUGUCCACGCCGGAAUCCGAAAUGGCAAUGUCUCAUGGACACCCAUCAGGUCUUGACUUCCACCAAGCCGAGUGCCGCGCUGGUGUUGGCGUCGACUCGCCAGCCAUAUGUUCGGGUGACCUUUUCAUGGCAAUGCGUCUUGGCCUGCAGGAAAAGCGAGUUCGAGAAAACGCCAGGUUUCAUGAACGAGGAAAGCUCGCGGAUGUCGUGCCCGCGAGAACAGAUGAGGUAUUGUACAUGGCAACUCUAGGCGGAGCAGAGGCCAUACACAUGGAGUCUCAAAUAGGCAGCCUCGAAGAGGGCAAGUUGGCGGAUCUCGUGCUCAUUCGAACCGAUUCGCCUGGUAUGGUCUCUUCGGUAGACUAUUCGGCUGCGUUGGUGACACAUGCGUCGGCAAGCGACGUGGACUCUGUCAUGGUCAAUGGAGAAUGGGUCAAGAGAGCAGGGAAGCUGCAAAAAGUAGAUUGGAACGGCUUGAAAGUUGAGUUGCAGAAGAACAGGGCCGAAUUGGAAAACAGAUGGGAAGGAAUUGAUUGGGAAAUGAACAAGUCAGACUUGAAAGAUAUGUGGCAUACAAUCAUCAUGGUGAAGCUGUUCUUUGUCGAAAAUUCGCCUGCCGCAGGUCGGUCUCGCAAGGAAGAAGCCGUUCAACAGGCUGAGAUAAGAUCUCACGCUGCCAUUGUAGGCCACCAUCGCAAGGCACGUCGCCGAACAGAGAUCUCCGAGGCAUCAUCGUCAGUACAUUCACCGCCAUCGCCGGCUUCAACAUUGGACAGUGUUUCUCUCCAAACAGCACCCUCGCCGGCUUCGAGUAUCGGUUCCGUGACAUUCAAAUUGUCAUCAUCUCAGCCAAUACCGUCUGGGGACAGCGAAGAGAAAUCUUCUGAUCGGCCGCCCCCUGGCUGUUCAAAGUAUACCACGUCCCGAAGAACUCGUACUACUUUGUCGCCUUUGCUCCUGGAUGCUGGACCUUCCUUUCGUGGAAUGAGAACUGAUCCGUUCAAUUGUAUAUCAACAGAACACCCUCACUUACUUGCGGCUUCUGUCGACUACUUCUCUGGAGUCACAGUUCCUGCUCACGCUGCUCUUUAUGAGCUCUUCAACAUCACCAAUAUAUACAAUGAAUAUUGGUUCGAGUUGAUGUCGGAUCCCGAUUUCGCCUACUCGGGCGUGUGUCUGACUCUGAGGGUCAGAGAGUUAUCGUGUGACUCCAACGCAAAACCGUCGGAGGAAGUGCUUCUUGCACUGGGCAUUGCCUUGUCGAGACUGAGAAAAAGGAUGGCCAAGGCUGACAGUACAGUCGAUGACAUUUGCGUCACGGCGGUGUCGUUCAUGGCCGCAAUUGCCAAAGCUAUCGGUGACUCUUCAACCCAUCAAAGACAUAAACAAGCCCUAAAGCAAAUGGUCAAAGCAAGGGGAGGACUUGACAAACUCGGUCACAAUGGCAUGGACAAAUGCCUUUUGUUGCAACGAGAAGGAUUCUGGUCUAUUGCAGAAGGCAACACCAUCUUUGCCGACGAACGCCAAAAAAUCGUGUCGAUAUAUCCCAAGUUGCCUCUGUCGGGGACGAACCUCAAAAUGACAAUGUCCAUCCCAUCUGGAUUCCAAGCUCUUGCCCAUCUUGGAAAACUAUCCGUCCAAGUGUUGGAGGUGCUGGUACGUACACAGAGGACAAGAAUGAAAGGAAUAAGUACGGCAUCGUCGUCACGAGCAUCAUCGUCGUCACCAGACCUUUUCAAGACACAAAAGCGACGCUACUCGGAUUUCCACGAGGCUUGUCCUUGUCUCAGCGAGCCUGACGUGAACGGAGGAGCCAGUAUCGAGAAACUUGUUGUGUUCGCCAUCAUAAUAUACUGCAGUACCAGCUUUACUCCCACACGAAGUAAUACUGUUUUGUACGAUACCUGUCGCAACAGACUUCAACGCGACAUCGCGACCUUCGAACCUGAAAACACGGCCGAAGUGGUUUGUUUGAUCUGGGUGGCCGCCAUGCUCGUGUGGUCCUGGACCACGGUCAGCGGUAACAAGUUGACAGACCAUGGCAUAUCGUGUCUGGCAAAACUCAAGUCGACCAUCUUGCGUGGCUUUUCGUGGACCGAGCUUGAAAUCAUCCUCGGUCAGUUCUUCUGGUCAGAUAAAAUGUCGAAAAGCCUGGAGAUGCAUUAUAUCGCGCUUGACACUGGCUGA